GUUCAUUUCAAUGACACCGACUCUCGACAGAAUGCCAGAACCCAAAACUUAAGGAAUGCUCGACGAUGGCAGCCCUUCUCAAGAAUGUCACCAACAGCAUCUGGCAUGCCUUCAACUCCCUUUCGACCGAUUCCUCUGGGAACGUCAUGAAGUCAAAACUAAAGGUUUUGACUGCGAAUAUUGGAACUCUACUGGAUUUAUAUGGAGUGGAGAAAGGCCUUGACCAUUUCAGAAGUACAACAAAUCUAAAUUUUUAUCACUUUAAAUACUAUCUUCUUAAAGAGGUUUUUUCAUCUUUACCCGAAUCAAUCUCUCCGGUUGCAUUAAGAGAUUACGAAUCUAGAAUAGAUGAGGUAUGCUGGUUAGUUUGCAAAAGAAACUACACGCCCAGGGACCACCAAAUCUUACCAGACGAAUGUGUCUACCACCUAUUUAGAGUUUUCUGCAUGCUCGCUGACCUUAGUCAAAGCACCACACAACAGAAUGUGUACCAGGUUGUUAUGGAAAGAAGUGAAGUUGGCUUGGUCACUUCACAGCUGGUCACAUCUUUGGGAGGAGAUUGGAAUCAGGAGAGCUAUGACAGUCUGACGUACAACACACCGGGUUUCAAGUUUUCAACGUUACUCACACUACUCGAGAGCAAAUAUCUCAUAGGAGUUGACCAACCUGUUCUAGUUGAAGCGAUCACAGGGCUAGCUAAUACUUUUCUUAGAGAUGUCAUUAAAAAAGGUACUUUGAUGAAACGUGGCUACUUAUUGCCCACUCUACGAGAAUACUGGUUUGUCUUGCAGCCUAAUCAGUUGACAUACUACAAACAUGUUGAUGAAAAGGAACAGUGUGGAGUUAUCACCCUUGAUCCAAAUUGCUGGGUAGAUUCGACAGUCAAUAGGUUGCUCAUCCACACAAGUGAGAAUCGAACUAUUGAACUCGCCCCAAGAGAUCAUAGGAGCCGCCUUCAGUGGGUGUCGGCAUUGCAAAUCGCGAUUUCUCAGUCUGGUGGUUCCCAUGGUUAUCAAAGGACGUUAGCAGCCAGAAGAAAGAAACAAAGAGAAAUAGACGAAGCUGAGAAUAAAAGGAAAAGCAGCUUGAUCCAUGACAUGGGCGUGCAACUUCAAGCAGAGAAGAUGGCUAGAGUAGCAGCAGAAUUGGAGGCUCGUGAAAUCAAAGCAGCACAGGAGAAACAGCUCAACCACUUAGAAACGCUUUUAGAAAUUGAAACGCAGGCUAAAAGGGACGAAGAAAUUGUAAGGAAUCUCCAAGCGAGAGUUUUGAGAGAAGAAUGGGAAAAAAGAGAGGAAUUAGAAAGAUUACAAGAAGAGCAAAGGCUCCUUUUGGAACAAGAAAGGGCAAAAAGAAGGGAGUUUGAGCAAAAGCAGAGAGAAAAAGAAAAACAACUCGAAGAAGCUGAAAACAGACUAAGAGAAUUAGAAGGAGAGCGGGCUAAACUUGAUCAAGAACUUCAAAAGGCAAGAGAUAGGAUAUUUUUUGUGGAACACACUAUGACUCAGGAACCUACCAAGGGUGGAGUUAAAGUUAGGAGGACAAUGUCGUUCAUGCCAAGUACUAAGGAUAGGCCAUAAAAUGAUUUGUAUCUACGUGCCUCUACAUCUUUCUAAACAUAUCCUAUUGGCAUUUAAUUAGGUAAACGCUUUACCUAUGUAAUUUUUUUAAAUGGUACUUCAAGGUACAGGUGCAAUUUUUGGAAUGUUUACGGAUGGUUACCGUAACAACCAUUCCUAACCAAUUUUUGUUACCAUGACAGAGAUCUGAAUUAUUUGCUACAUAUGUUUAUUUUUUAUUAUAUGGCUGUGUAAUUUGUCAACCGUUUUAAGUUUUUUAUAUUAACUGAAUUUUCUUAAUUGUUAAUUUUUUUAAAACUUUUAGUUUGCCUAUUAAAUAAACUAGUAAUACUCUAAAAGUUGAAAUUGAUUCUAACAAUUUUGAUUUUCAAAAUACAGUGUUUACUAUCAUAAUUUGAAAUAUUCAGUAUUUUAGUGGGCAAACUGUACUGACUAAUUAUAAAUUAAGUGAUGAACAAUUCUAAUCAAACUAACUGCCAAAAAUAAUGGUACUGCAUAAGCGUAUUUAUUUUUUAAAAUGUGAAAAUUUUCUUAGGAAAUAAUUUAAUUUUAGUGCCUUAACCUCGUAACUUCCAAUUGAUGUAUAUAAUAAUUUUAUUUGUUGUUAAUUGAAAACAUUACUUUUACUUUAGGACUGUUUUUCACAGCUAUACUUUUAAAAUAAAAUUGUAAUGAUUGACUUCAUUAAAAUUAUCUUAUUGAUUAUUAUAAUGCAUAGUGAUGUAAAUUGAAAUGGCUGUUUACUUAAAAAUUUUAAUACUUUGUCAUUACAAACUGAUAACUACCUAUUUUGGCUUUUUUGUAAUAUUUAGCUUAUGGUACAUUCUAUGAUUGUUAAUACAAUAACACAUCUAUUGAAAAUCAAUAACAGCCAAAAAAAUAAAGUUAUUUUUGUGAUAUACUACAUUAUAAUUGCUUGUUGGAGGUACAAAUUGCAGAAAUGACAUCUACCCUAAAUUUAAUAUAUAAACAAUUUUUUUUGUGAACAACUGAACAUUAAUCUGUUUGGUUUCAAGGUUAAAUAAAAUACUUUAAUAUUAGA